AGACAAAAAUAAACUUUUGUGGAAAAGACUGGAACCGAACAGAAAUGUUGAGCACUGUGUAAUACAAAAGACCACAGUGAAUGUUGCAAGUGGACCAGGGAAGUGUAACAAUAUCCAUGAUGUGAGAAAAAUAGAGAGAACCCAUGUAUAUAGCGACAGAGCUCAAGAAAAAAGCAAGAAUGUUCAGGAGAUGGUUUCAAAAACAUCUCAAGUAUCUCUAAGAAACGCAUUUGAAAAAAUGGGAGAAAAAAAUGAGACCAUCAACACAGACUUCCAGAAGCUUGGGAAAAACUGGAACACUGAAGGAAAACUAAAGGAACUGAGUGAAACAUCAAAAGAGGAGCAAGCUGAUCUGAGGAUUGUGAUGGUGGGGAAAUCUGGAGCGGGAAAAAGUGCAACAGGAAACACAAUCCUGGGAGAAAUAAGGUUUAGGGAUGAUAUGUCAUCUGAAUCAGUGACCAGGGAGUGUCAGACAAGUCAGAAGAUGGUAGAAGGUAGAAACAUCUCAGUGGUCGACACUCCAGGACUCUUUGAUACAUCAAUGAGUGAAGAAAGGCUAAAGUCUGAAAUAGAGCGAUUCGUCUAUAUGUCUGCUCCUGGUCCUCAUGUGUUUCUGCUGGUCACCAGACUGGAUGUGAAACAUACAAAUGAAGAGAAGAUGACAAUUAAAUGGAUUGAGGAGAACUUUUCGGCAGAUGUUAUGAACUAUGCUAUGGUUCUGUUCACCAGAGGAGAUCAGUUAAAAACAUCAUCGGAGGAGUUCUUGAAAAAAAACAAAGAGCUGAAAGAUCUAGUUGAUAAAUGUAAAGCUGGAUAUGUUGUUUUUAAUAACACAGAUACAAAUCAAGCACAAGUUACUGAACUGUUAAAGAAAAUAGACAUGCUGAUGCAGGAUAAUGGAGGAAAGUAUUACACAAAUGAGAUGUACAAGGAAGCUCAGAAAAAAAUGAGGAAGAACAGAAGAGAAAGAAGAAAGAAGAAGAGAAGAAAAGAAAGGAAGAGGAGGAAUGUAUAUUACAAAAAGAAAGGGAAAGACUGAAAGAAAAAACUAAGAAUAUAGCAUUAGGAGUGGUAAUGGGAACAGCAAGUGCAAUUGUGGGAGCAUUAGGUGCUACACCUGGGGCCUCAUUUAUAA